AUGAGCAUAAUAUCUCUGUAUUGCGCUCCAGAUGUGAGAUAUCUAAUGGAUUGGGAUACACACAGAAAAUUCCAUAAUGAUGAGAGGUGUAGUUAUGGAAUCCAGAUGUGGAAUUAUUACAUGAAGGGAAUUUGUAGAGAUCUGUUCAAAAUAUUACCUGAGUAUUUUGCUAGUGAUAUUUUUGGUGAAAUUCUAGUUAAUAGUAUGAAACUGUGGAAUGAAACCUACUCCAAUAUUUUCCCAUCAACAAAAAAGAAAGUGGCUCAAUACAAGAGCGACAUUACGUUUCUAGUUAUGUACAGUAGAUCCUAUAGAGGAGUCAUAGACUCUAAAACAGAGAAGCAGGUGAACAGAGAGUGUCUAAGAGUGCUUGUCUUCAUGGCUCUAAUAUGUGCACCUAUAGAUGUAUUAAAAUCUUUUCUUGAGAGCUACCAAAGAAAGGAAGGAUCUCUUCAGUGUGCUAAAUUUGCUGUGAUAUUUCAACAAAAUAAGGUAGAGAAGUAUAUCAAAGGUAUUCCCGUAGUGGUAUGGAACUCUCCAAAGUUCAAUCCUAUGUUUGAUUUAAAUCCUCUCAAAGAGUUCAAUAGAAUAGGAAAUGCAGGAAAGGUGAAUAACGAGCUUGAAUUUUCUGAGAUUAAGAAUGUUUCCUUUGAUUUUGUCAUGUUGCUACACGGCUAUUAUAUUUGCGGUAUCUCUUUACGUAACAUGUCUAACAGAAUCCAACUGAGAUGUGAAUAUAACGACCAGGAUUAUCCUCCUCCACCUGAUGAGGAAAAAAUUCUACGGGAGGAUGUCAAAGGCAUACUGGCUGCCUUACUGCAAUAA